AGUACAUAGGAUUUGACCCAUGUAGGUCCCAGUUCCCCAACUCUGCACUCGGUCCUGGUUUCAGUCCAUUUCUGCACGUUCCUAUCUGGUUUCGAUUUACGUGGACCGUUUUGGAAACGUGGGCUUUCAUCAGGGUCGGUGGAUAGAUAAGCGAUUUCAUACUGUCCAGGCAGAACACAUACAUAGCGCUCAAGCUUAUAUUCUCUGUACGACAUGCAUACGCAAAUUCCAGCAGAGUUAUUGCUCCAUAUCUUUCAAUUCGUUCCUCGAACCAUGGUCAAGGAUCUGAUGAGCGUGAACCGGACUUUCUUCUAUGCGGCAAUGGCGGAACGGUACAAGGAGAUAAGCUUCUUUCAGAAGGGUGACAGCAUGCUCCGUUUAGUUGAAAGUUUGCAAUUUCCACUUAUACAAGAUUGUGUUCGGGUUUUGCGGGUGCGGCCGUACUUUAUCCAAGAACUUCUUUCCGAACAAGGCGACGAAAUUCCCGAUGAUUCUGAUGUAAUCCCGCACCACUCUCUUUCUUCAGUGAAAGGGUGUUUUAGCUCCUUCGCAAACCUCAUCGAAUACCACCUCAUUUGGUUUGAACUACCAAAACUCGAAAAUCUUCCUAUUGAUAUGCUGCGCGCUCCAUUACUCGCAAGUUUGCAUCUGCGAAAGCUUUUUCUAAAGGCUUCUUUGCAGAAGCUGGAAUCACUUCUGUCUUUCGGCGACGUGCUUCCUCAACUCGAAGAACUGAACAUUUCGGUCAGACGCGACCAUCUGCACACUCAGUCAGCUCCAAAUGGAUCAAGCGAACAGGCAGGAUUCGCUUCAUUGACUUCGUUCCUCAAUCGGAAUAGAAGUUCGAUAAGAUGUUUUUCAUUCUCAUCUUCAGACGCGUUGGACUGUACACCGCUGUUCCGGUCUCUUCAGCGAUAUCCGGUAUUACAUGAACUCUCCCUUUCCAUUCCGACUUCGACUCCCCACCUCGGUGAACCCUCCUGUCUUUCGCAAUGGAUGUCUCGCCACUGCCCCUCCCUGCGCACGUUGACAAUGAACCUUCGUUUCGUGGACAACGGCCUCCCUUGGGAAGAGUCUUUUAAAGAUUGGAUCCAGUCAUUCCUGUCACAAGUCAGCCUUCCCGAACUUCGCUCCCUAAAAUUAACACCAGGCUUCCAUACUGAAAGCAUCUGCCUUCUUGUACGGCACUUUGCCAAUACUUUGACCUCACUAGACUUGAGCGGAAACCAUAUGAUAUUCAGUGAAGUCGUUGCUGUGAUGAAAGAGUUGACAUCGUUCGAAAGAGAAUACCGAACGGAAAAGACUUCAAAGUUGUCAGUAUUGUGUCUAGGUCCAGUGUCGCUUUGCCCAGAACUGGUGGAUCUGUUUGCGGAGACGUUGCCUACAUUACAGCAGUUAGAUCUGAAGGUAAAGGAUGCUGUGCCUCACAAGGACGAGAUAGCGGAGUAUUUGAUGUUCAGAGUUACAAUGACGAAGAGACAGAGCCCUGCUCAGAUCAGACGUUUCUUCAUCGCGAUGCGUUCUCGGACGUAUUCUCAUUGGACCCUGCCGCAUAUCACUGUUUGGAAAUCCACCAUGAAAACGCACUGGCAGUACCGGCGACAGUAUAUUCAGCUUUAAAAGUACAUUCCGAGUCUCGCUUGCAAAUCAAGUUAGUACAGGUCGCUGUUGCGGUUAUUGAGUAUCUCUCUCUGGUCUUUGGACGCGGAAUUUCUAUUCGGAAUUAUUGGACACAGACCAUUCCUACAUUUUAUGUUGUAUACAUAUAUAAUAUAUACAUUUUGAA